UGAAAAGACUGAGAGAGAUCUGAGUUCAACCGACGAUAAGAGGUGAGUUUAAGGAGAGGAGGAGAUUAAUGUGUGUGAUAAGAUAAGAUAAGAUAAGAUAAGAUAAGAUAAGAUAAGAUAAGAUAAGAUAAGAUAAGAUAAGGGAAGAGAAGAGAAGAGAAGAGAAGAGAAGAGAAGAGAAGAGAAGAGAAGAGAAGGGGAAUCUUUGGCUGACGUUGUUGCUUCUGAAAACCAUGGGGGACUUUGAGCAGUUUGAGCAGGACUUCUACCAGACAGGAUAUGACAUCAGCCACCAGACAGGAUAUGACAUCAGCCACCAGACAGGAUAUGACAUCAGCCACCAGACAGGAUAUGACAUCAGCAGCCAGAGUGUCAUCAAGGACUGGAGCUAUGAUGCCUACACAGCUGGAACUGAAGAAGAGGGAGCUCAGUUCUCGUCUGGACUUCUGGAUCCAUCUAUGGAGCAGCAGUACACUGACCAGUUCUACCAGUCUACCGGAUCUAUCGGGACCGAAGGAGGACCACAGGCCUACGAAGAGGAACCUCCUCUUCUGGAGGAACUGGGCGUUAACUUCGACCACAUCUGGCAGAAGACCCUGACUGUGUUGAACGUCUUUAAACCUGCAGACGGCAGCAUCAUGAACGAGACGGAUCUGACCGGACCCAUCGUGUUCUGCAUCGCCCUGGGAGUCACAUUAAUGAUGGCAGGUAAAGCCCACUUUGGGUACGUGUACGGUAUCAGCGCUGCCGCCUGCGUUGGCAUGUACGUCCUGCUCAGUCUGAUGAGUGCUACCAGGGUUUCCUCCGGCUGCGUGGCCAGUGUCCUGGGGUACUGUCUCCUGCCCAUGGUGGUCCUGUCUGUGUAUGCGGUCGUCUUCUCUUUGCAAGACGCAGUGGGUUCAGUCCUGGCUCUGUCCGUCAUUGGUUGGUGUAGUUUUUCUGCCUCUAAGAUCUUCAGCUCCACUCUGUGCAUGGACGGUCAGCAGCUGCUGGUGGCAUAUCCAUGUGCUCUGCUCUACGGACUGUUUGCUCUGCUGACCGUCUUCUAACAUUCAACACUUUUUCAUUUAUGGACACACAUACUUCAACUCUACAAAGUCUGCUCAAACAAAUGACAUUAAAGUCAGGAUAAACAAAUCUGUCACUGUUUUUUUUAAUAAUACCUCAUCUGACCCAUCUUUCUUGGUUCCUUCAAUAACUUGUUGCGGUCUGGUUCAAGUCAAAGGUAGUUUCCUGACGGUCUCCUUUCCUGUUUAAACUACAUAUAAUACAUGCAGUUUGGAGGGAACACAUCAACACAUUGGAAACAGUUUAAUGGUUGAAAUCAGAAGUUCAUGAAUUUUCAAAAAGGCUUCAGUUGGCUGUGAAAGUUAAAAAGUUAAUGUUGGCACUAAAAACAUCUGCAUAUCAAUACAGGAUGUGGACGGAAUGCACAGAUAUGGGUACAUUUAGGAUUUAUUACAUGUGAAAGAUAUAUAUAUAUAUAUAUAUAUAUAUAUAUAUAUAUAUAUAUAUAUAUAUAUAUAUAUAUACACACAUACACACACACUCCAUC